CAGGGGACCGGGAGCCGGGGGUAGGCAGGGAGCCGGGGACUGUGAAAACAUUCAUUCUCCCCUCCCGGAAAGCCGCUUAGGCCGCCGAAAAGCCUCGGGAUUUCCUGAGGAGAGUGUCCGGAGCGGGAGGCCCGGGGCCGGGGAGCUGCUGCCAUGUCCAGCUCCCGGGUUUGCCGCACAUGCGGCUGCACGGAGAUUGACAUUGACCAGGCCCGGGGCGAUGCGGUGUGUACAGCCUGCGGCUCCGUGCUGGAGGAUAACAUCAUCGUGUCCGAGGUACAAUUCGUGGAGAACAGCGGCGGCGGCUCCUCGGCUGUCGGGCAGUUCGUCUCCUUGGACAUUACCCGAAGAAAAGGUCCACCGCCACCUUGGCCAGAAGUAUUUCUCUCAACUAGUACUACCAGAAUUUGAUUCUACAGCAGUCAGAGCACUGCGAUGAGCAAUGUUGGUUAUGUUCUACAUUAAACUUGAUGUGCUUAUGAUGUGCAGGAUGGAUUGAUUGCCUUUGUACAGUGAUCCUAGUGGCAUUACCAAUGUUGGAGAAUUGGCAGUUGAAGUUUUGGAUGAUGCACAUGGACAUUAUGGAGUCACAUCAACAAGAAGCAGCUUUGCAAAAUACGUGUAGAGCAGAAGCAUUGCUGCAGACAGCCCCUAACACACUGUCCCUUGUGAGAGAUGGCCCAAGCCUCUCUAAAGGAUGGCUUUUGAAAGAUGUGGGAAAUGGAUAUUGUACGGUGACUGGUCUGUGGUAUAAUGAACUUAGAACUCAAGGCCAUAAAAUGUAGGAGCAGAAGUAGGCCAUUUAGCUGAUCGAAUGGCAGUCUGGACUCCAUGAGCUAAUGCUCCACUCCACUUUCCUGCCUUUUCCCCAUAACUCUUGGUUCCCUAACAGAUUAAAAAUCAGUUUCUGCCUC